CGUAAACUUUACUUGCUCGGCAGUCCAAAAAACAAGGGGGAGGGGCGGUUUCACUUUCAAUCCCCUCAAAAAUGUCGCUCGCUCAGACCUCGGUCGCUCUGGCCUGUGGCUGGGCGGCCAUCCUCGGCGCCCACACUGUACUCAAGCGCUGCAUUGGGGAGCCGUACAAGGCGCUGCUCGCUCGCCUGGGCAUCAGUCUGAGCGUCGGGCAGCUGCGCAUCCACUCGAACGCACUCAACCGCUGGUUCAUGGCAGUCGGGCGCAGGUUUGCCCGGUUCUGGUCGGCGUGGUUUCUGCUGUCGGUCGGCUUUGGCUGGCUGGGCAUGCUGGGUUCCAUUGCGCUGCUCACAGCCAACCUCAUCCAAGCACUCGCCCCAAGGACAAUCCUCGAGUCGGACGUCCAAAUGCUCAGUCCGGUUAUUCCAGGCGUCAAUGUCCCAACCAACCAUCUGGCGUACUACUUUCUUGCAUUGGCUAUCAGUGGGUUUUGCCAUGAAGCCGGGCAUGCUUUAGCUGCUGCGAGCCACUCAGUCACAGUGGAAGGAUUUGGCGCAUUCGUAACCGUUCUUUAUCCUGGGUGCUACGUUUCGCUGAAUGACGAUCAAAUGAAUGCCAUUUCCCCACUGCGGCAGCUGAAAAUUUACUGCGCCGGAGUGUGGCACAAUGCUAUGGUUGCAUUGCUAGCUGUGAUUGGGCUCAUGUCCAUCACUGUGCUAGUCUGGCCGGCGUUUGCUUACAACACUGGCGCAUUAACGGUGGUCGAUGUGAUGGAGGACUCGCCGCUUUACUCUUCGCUGCAUAUUGGCGAUCGAGUGCGGUCGAUUGACCGAGUUUGCUCGCUCUCGUUGCGCGGUGACUGGGGCCGCUGUCUCACUGAGCGACGGAGCGUCCCGGUGGAAGCAAAAGGAUAUUGCAUCCCAGAGAACGAUUUGCGUGAAUGGGAUACAGCAGUGCGACCUUGGCGAGACGGUAAUCGUCUCUGGCAGUGCUGUACGAUCGACGAACGCGGGCAGACAGAGAGCACCUUGUGCUUUCAGCACGAUGCUGAUGUUUCACUUGUUGCUGGGACAGAUGGUGUCUUGCCACCGUUGGCGUGCCUCCCAGUCCGCCGCAGCAUUCUCGACCGAAAUCGAUGCACGAGCAAGGCGGAUUGCACACCAGGGAGUGUCUGCAUUCACGUCGAAGGCGAGUCCGAGCAGCAACAGCUAAUCACUCUCGAAGUUGAAGGACGGGCGCCAGUCAUGUUCUUGGGUGAUCCGUAUGUUCUAGCCUACACGGUGCAUCUGAGCGAUUAUGCGCCGCGAAUGCGUUACUUUUCUGCUCAAUGGCCGAUUCGACUUGAAAUGCUACUGCGCUACACGCUGUCUCUGUCCGCCGCGCUGGCAUUGUUGAACAUGCUCCCGACUUACUAUCUGGACGGGCAAUGGGCAUUGUACGCUUCGGUUGACUUUUUCCUCGGUCGGAUUGUGCCUCAAAGUCGCCGGCUAGCAAUCUGCAAUGCAAUUUUGAUCUUUUCGCUCGUCUUGUUUGUGGCCAAUAUGCUCGCGAUGGCGCUAUUGUAGCAGUGAUUGCAACUGUCACUAUUACUUUCGUUGGGUUGAUUCUCACUCCUGGCAGCCGCCAUGGUGUUCAGACUAAUACACAACCUAAUCAGCAACACC